AUGGCGACCGAUGUUACAGAGUUUGACGAUGAGCCACAGGUUUUCCCGCUUGUUCAGCCCGAUCACGGGGCUACCUCAAGCGGCCUGGGUCUGGCUUUGCCAGACAUGCCUGGCAGCUUCACUGUGUCCGAGGCUGAUGUCCCGGAGGACGACGAACGCCUCGGUGCUCGCACGCCGCCCUUUGAGGCCCCAUCGACAGAUGAACACGUCACACACCACGACUCAUUCCCUCAGGAAGCCGUCGAGGAUGAACAGGUCUCUAUCAAGAUCGCCGCAACUGAUGUGCCUCAACAAACGUUUGAAGAGGCCCCACACUCUACGCCCAAGUAUGUCGAUAGCGAGCAAAUGGCCGAGCCACAGCCCGACACCGCAUCGAACUUGGAGGCUUACAAGGACGAGUACGAGCCUUUGCCGUAUUCUAGCCCGUCACUGGAAACUACCGUCAAGAUUCUUCACCGAGAAUCCGAUCAAUUCACGAAGCCUGAACGUUCUUUGAUCGCCAAUGAGCCUCAUGAUGAUUCCUACCACAUGAGUCUAGACCAGCAUGAAGCAAGGGCAUUCCGCACCUUUGUUCGACAAGAGCAAUCGCAGCGCGAGAGUGACAAAACGCAUUCGCCGUCUCGGCAGGACCACUCAAGAUAG